AUGAGACUCCGAUCUCGUCGAUCGCGAAAGACUCGCGAUGACACCCCGGAACCAGAUGCUAACGUGGCGACCAGGACCACAAGGCAAACUCGUGCCUCUGCUUCUGCUUCUGCAUCUGCAUCUGCUUCAGUUGUAGUCUCCCGAUCUCUGAAAUCAGGAGACCGAAAGAGAUCUCUUCGUCUGACUGUCAAGAUGCCCUCCAACAAACUGCGAGAAGCCACUGGCAAUGGUCGCGCUGGAGGAAAGCGCUCAGUCAAUGUGUUUCGGGAAGACCCCAUAGUUUCGGGACCCCGCUCCAGUCGGAACCGAAAAAAGAUUGUAGAGGUUGCUACGAGUGACGAAGAGGACCUCGACGACCAAGAAGAAGACGAGGUCGACGAUGAAGAUGCGCCUGCGGAAGAUGAUGAUGAUGAAGACGCUGAUGCUGAUGCUGACGCGGAUGGUGAUAUUGACAUGGAAGACACCCCUCAGCCACCAAGCAAGCGCAUUAAGGUCGCUCCUAUUUCUCGCCCCAAGGCAACCAAGAGUGUGGAGGCUAAGGAAAUGGAAAUGGACGAAGAUGAAGAGGAGGAAGAUGAAGAUGACGAAGAGGCCAUUUCCGACACGGAUGAAGAUGCCGAAGCCGAGGCUGACGAUCGAGAUGACAGCGCUCUUCCAGACGUCAAUGCUGAUGAACUCGAUGACCUCGAUGAAGAGGAUGAGCUGGACGAGGACAUGGACAGCGAUGCCUUCGCCCUGCAAAGCGGCAAAACGACUAAACGCCAGCGGGGAAAUCUAGGAAAUGAUUUCUUGCAACUUCCCAUGGAACCGCAGGUCAAGAAGCAUUUGACCGCUGAAGAGCGUCAGAUGCGCCGUGCAGAGAUGGCUCGCCGAAGGAAGAACCUCAGCGAGAAGCGAAACGAAGAGGAAAAGAUGGACACAAUCAAUCGACUGCUCAAGAAACAAGCCCCUAAGCGACGUGGCCGAGCGGCGGCGGCUGAGGCUGCUGAUGGCACCCCCGCCAAGAGAACGGAGAGCCUGAGAAGCCCGAUCCUACCAUGUGUCCCGGUAGAGUGGCUUGGUACACCUGCUGGCCGUGUCUUCGGUGCACCUACUGCGCCCACUAUGGCAAAAAUGGUUGAGGAAAUUUGA